UUUGCCUUUGCCAUCUAUGACUCGCCUCCAUUAGUCGUCCAAUGCGCAUAUUAAUCUUACUUGCAGCAGCAGCCCUCCUCGGGACCACCCUCGCUUCAGCUCACGCCCUCGCACCCAUCCCUUCGCUCAACCCACCCAUCGUCAGGCGAGAGGACACCAAUGAAACAGCCCCGGGCAAUAAUACCCAGACCUGGACCGAAGGCGAUGACUGGGUCCCUUUUAACAUUGUCAUUGACCCUGCGUAUGGUAUCGCAGGAGCCGUGCUGAUCUUAUCAGGAAUCCCCGUGGCCGUGCUAGGCGGCAAGAACCGAUGGUCGUCAUUGGCUAUCGCUUCAGGCCAGGCGCUCUUCCUCUUCGCUCUCGUCAUGAUACUUCGAUUCGGUGUCCAACCGAAUCUUGUUCCGCCCUCCCCUCACCCGCCGUCUCCCACCCUUCGGGGCCUCUACCUCCUUGCCUGCCUCAUCUCGUCCUUCAUAGGUGCAGGCCUCGGUAUCUUCUUCUUCAACUUCACCAAGUAUGCCAUCUCAGCCGCAGGGGGAUUUACAUUCGGAUGGUUUCUCCUGGCUUUGCGAGAGGGAGGUUUAAUAACCUCCGUGGUUGGCCGGUGGGCUUUGCUUGGAGCAUUGACAGUUGUUGCUUUCAUUGCCAGCUUGCCAAAAUGGUCCAAUGACUUGAUGACCCUUGUAUCGACUGCUUGGAUAGGAGCUACAUCGUUUGUUUUGGGGGUAGAUUGCUACACUAGGGCCGGGCUGAAAGAGUUCUAUAUCUACAACCUUGGAUUUCACGAUCUCUUCCCAACGUUGGGCGGCGCAAAAUACCCCCUCACUCAGACGAUGAUAAUCGAAUUAGGGAUCCUGGGCGCGGUGGUCUUGGUCGGCGCUGCCAUCCAGUUCCGCGUCAUUGGACUGCUCCAGAAACGUAUGAACCGACUUCGUGCCGAAGAGGAAGCUCGCAUGGAGGAGGAUGAAAUAUCAAAAGCCGCUGAACGUUUCAAGAAUGUCGGAGCCGAGCUGGUCGAGUGGGAGGAGAAAUAUGGGAACAAACCACGGUCGGAAUCUGAACACAAUGGAACUGAAAAGUGCGGGUCUGUCAGAGACGUAUCAUCCCCAUCCGGGCCGUAUGCCAUCUCCUUAACGGCGGACAGAUCGAGCGUGCUGCUCCCUCAACUGGAAUUCAACGACUCGCAAGAGUCUGAAAUCUUGAAAAAACGCCCUUCGAACAACCUCAGCCUACUUGGGAACGAUAUCUCGCCCCAAAUACGACCAUCGAGCUCCUUUAGCCUGGUACGCGUCGCAAGCGAAUCAGGUAAAGGCCACGAGAAUAUCAACCCCGACAAGCCUACAAACACUAUGUUUCUGGGCAUAGAAAAGUUGAAGCCAGAUGAGCCAUCGAGCGGUCUUGGCCGCGAUAGUUCUGACCUCGAGAGUAAGCUCAGAUUGCUUGAAGAGGUCAGAAAGGCUCGCGAAAGCGUACAAGGUAGUUUGGAAUUGCUGAGAUCGAGGACUCCUAGUGAAACUCAGUCAUUUGCUGGACCUUCCGGAGCAGAUACACUGUCUGGGUCUGGGCUUGAAGGGAGGCCGCGUAGGUAUUCCAGCAUGUCCUCUAGGUUACUAGAUGAAGCAAAGGUACGGCCUGUCUCGAGCGCAUCAAAUCCCUCACCAUUACAGAGCCAUAUGACUGAGAUGCCGCAACAGCAAUCCGAGUGGGACACCUACGUUGCCGAAAGGAGGAUUGUCAGCCCUGUUGCAAGCUCUCCGCCCAGUUUUGCCUCCUUGUCGGUCGAUCGCCAGCGUCAAUACACCACAGUCCCCGUUAGCGUCGCCAAAGGUAUUGAGAGCCGUCGAGAAAGAACGAUCAGUAUGUUGGAAACAAGGGUUUCUGACUUUGGCCCUGCUCAGCAGGAGCGAGCACAUGGUACUUUUCCUGAACGUAGUCCGAUUACAUACGUUUCAGAUAUAGAGAGAAAGGGCUCCGCAGCUCACCACGAUUAUUUCGAAAGAGGAAUCCCAUCACCUCCUCUUGCUGCUAAUCGUCCCCAGAUGUCUUACACUAGUCCGCCGAGAGUCAUUACAGGUGGCGCGUCCGAUCGUCAUCCGGCUUCUGCUCCAAAGACAAUGUCUAUGGAGGAACUUGCCGAACGACAUCGCCAGCGACUGUCUAAAAUGCAACAGCCCGUUACUUUCAAGUUGAAAGAGAGUGAACGAGUCGAAGAGGCCAAAAAGAAGUGGGAGAAGCAAAGAGCGCACGAGAGGGAGGAAAUGAGGCGCCGACAAACAGAAAGGGCCCGGGAGAACGAGAAUAGCCAAGGCAAGAUAAGGGAGGUCGUAAGAAGAACUGAUCAGUGGAGGAGGAGUAUCGCGGUUGAUCCUGAACCGCAAGUGGGCGGCGAGAAGACGAGUAAUGGAGAAAAGGCGCAGAAGCAGGGAAGAACUAUUGUGAAUUAAGAAGUGUGCGGUUUGUGAGUCGCGGCUGGCGGCCGAGGCGAGAUUGGCGAACAGACGGACAAUAAACUUGUGCGAGUCCAGUUGUAAUACUUGAUUGUGCAUAGUAGCAUAUCAAUUCGCCCAAUGCAUAGAAUUCAG